CUGAUCACCCUCCGCUAGCAGAGGGAAGAGAGAAGAGGGCUGAGCCUGGACGCUGCCGGGUGGAUACUUGAAGAGAGCAGGGGGAGGAGGAGAAGAAGGAGGAUUGAUAAAACAAGCGCGGCUGUCGAUGCGCAGCGCAAUUCUGUCCAACAGGCAGCGAUAAGAGGAGCGCGCUUUGCACUCAGCCGGAGCGCAGACUACUUCUGUGUGUGGAGUCCGAGCCGCGGGUCCGAUACACAGAUAAUAACACUGUUUUAUUUAGUUGUUGUUUUUUUUUUUUUUAAAUCCUGAAGUGUCAAAGGAAACCACCAGCAGAUCUAUACGUUUUCCUCUGGGACUUUGACAAGACGGAGCGGAGCGUCUGACACAGUUUGAACUCCUCACGCGUGGUGUGGGAUUUAGAGCUGAACCCGGGGCUUCUCCAAUGCAAAAGUACAUGUAUGAUAAAGCGAUGGCCCAAGAGACAAGGAACGGAGGAACCUCCACGUUAAACAACAACAACGGCGUGAACAACAGCAAGAAGAAAGUGCUCAUCGCGCUCGACAUCUUCUGUCUGCUGCUCGCUAGCCUGCCUUUCCUGAUCAUUGAGACUAGCACCAUAAAGCCGUACCAGCGCGGGUUUUACUGUUCGGACGAAUCCAUCCGCUACCCCCGAAAAGAGGGAGACACCAUUAGCGAUGCGGUGCUUUGUGGCGUUGGCAUUCUUAUUGCCAUCUUCUCUAUUGUAAUUGGAGAAUGCUUCAGGAUUAAUCAGCUGCAUGAAGGAACAAAGUCUUUCAUCGGGAAUCCCUACGUGGCAGCGCUCUACAAACAGAUGGGCGUGUUUCUGUUCGGUUGUGGGGUCAGCCAGUCGUUCACUGACAUCGCCAAGGUGUCCGUUGGUCGCAUGAGACCUCACUUCUUAGACGUGUGUAAACCAGAUUUCUCCACCAUUGACUGCUCCCAGGGAUACAUCACCAACUACACCUGCAGAGGGGAUGAGAGCGAUGUGCAGGAGGCCAGGAAAUCCUUCUUCUCAGGACACGCCUCUUUUUCGAUGUUCACCAUGCUGUACCUGGCUUUCUACCUCCAGUCCAGGUUUACAUGGCGUGGUGCUCGUCUCCUCCGCCCGCUGCUCCAGUUCACUCUGAUAAUGAUGGCGUUUUACACCGGCCUGUCACGCGUGUCCGACCACAAGCACCACCCGACUGAUGUUCUUGCCGGGUUUGUGCAGGGAGCCCUGGUGGCCUACUGCAUAGUGUUCUAUGUGUCGGACCUGUUCAAGCCCCGGGCGAAGCCAGCCACGCCCCCGCCCUCCCCCAUCAAGAAGGAGCUGCUCCCGUCAUCAGAAAUCAUCGACAGGAACAAUCACCACAACAUGGUGUGAGACAAAGAGAGAGAGACCACCACUUCUUCCUGUGACCGAGGAGCCAAUCACAGCGCUGCUCACCUCCCAUCAGACAGUAGAAUGUAGCGACGAGAGACUGAGGCUGCUUCUCAAACGCCAUCCUCCCCCCCCCCCCCCCCCCUCCCCACCAAGAGAGGGUGUCGGCUUUGAGAUUUGCACAGCAGAGUCCACUCUCACUAUCCAGACGUAUUCUUUACUACUAUGUUUUAACUACUAAUCUACAUUUGAGCCCAUCGUUUUGAGCACAAACAGACAGAAUUGGAAGCUAAAAAGACAAAUUAAUGAUGUGACAGGCAGAGCUGAGGGUGAGGAGGUUUGGUGAACCAUAUGAAGAAGAAGAGGAAGAAAAGAAGAGACUAAAAGAGAAAUAAAAAGACAAAGCCCCCCCACCCUGGGAGAGAGGGACGGUCCUCUCUGAACUCUCUGUGGCCUUGGAACACCGACAACAACUUCCUUAGCUACGGGAAGGAGAUUACUGCAGUAACGAGCAGCAUAGAAAUAUUAACAGUAUAGAAAAUAUAACUUAUAGCACUGUUUUUAAGUUCAUUGUCCAUUAUUAUCACCACUCGCUGCCUGAGACGUCUCACUGCAAGAAAGCUUGACGAUGCUGACAUGAGACAGUUAGCGUAGCAGGGCUUCAAUAACAACAAUCCUGCAGCAGCAUCCCACUGAAAACGUGUGUUCAGACAGGAAGCGAAGCAAAAUGUAUUCUUUGCAUGACUUGCACAAUGAUCAUUGGUUUAUUUGCAUCUGUUACAGCUGUCCUGCAAAUAUUAGGUUUUCUAGAUAUUAAAAACACAAACAGGCUGGGGUGCACACACCUCUGUUCAUCUCCCUCCUCCAACAUGAACUGUGUCUGGAGGAACUUUCCUGCUGCUUCCAGCUCCUUAAAACCGUUCAGGUCCCAGUUUAAUGACCUUUUAGCUUAAUUAACCUAAUUAACCGGCUGAAAAGAUGCUUUAAUAACGACAUUAGAAUACUGAUUUGUUAAAAGUAAAAAGGCAUGAUUCAUCAGCUCUGCCAGCAAGACGACAAGCAACCCCUUCAAAAAAGCUUGUUUUCUGAAUAGAGUUUGGAUUGUAAAUAUGACAUGUAACUUCAGGAUGUUGGGAAGGUUUCACGCCAAUUGACUUUCCUUCCUGGAUUCAAUUUAGCCAAUUGUCCCCAAUAUUUCCCCUGGCCUGAGAGAAAUGCAUCUUUGCAUUGACUUUGUAUGCAAUCAUACUCUGAGGACAAAUUCACUUUGCUUUCAGUCUGAACACACCUUGAGGAUCAUGUACUUUGUAAGUAAUACCUUUUCAGAGAAGUAAUUUGGCUUCUGGCUAACAUCUUCAAAUCCCAACAAACUUUUAUUUAGCUGCAGGGAGUGAAGCUAUCCAUCCACACGCUCCUCUGUCUCCACUUCAGCACGUCCAGUUUUCUGCAGAAGACCCUCACCGCGGCCAAAACCCGGGAUGUUGCAUUUCUUGAUGGUUAGAAGUAGUAAAGGGGGUAUUUUAUCUGUGGAGGGAGGGGACAGAUCUCACAGCCCCCGGCCCCCAGCACCUGUGUGAGAGACGUGGCUGUGCCAUGCCGCUCCAUGGUAUAUGGAUCAGUCUGAUUGGCUGACAGCGGGGGGAAAGUGAGGGGAUGUAGUCUGUCACCGAGGAAAGAGGGUGAUGAUUUACAGCUAAGCUGGCACAUUAUUUUGGGAUGAAUUGGGCUCUUUCUGCUGGCAGGGAGGGGCUCACACCCACCUAAUCACUCAUUGGCGAUGGAUAUUUGGAUCUCAGUGUGUGUGUGUGUGUGUGUGUGUGUGUGUGUGUGUGUGUGUGUGUGUGUGUGUGUGUGUGUGUGUGUGUGUGUGUAUGUAUGUGCAUGUGUGUGUGUAUCCAUGACUGUGCUUGUGCAUGUACAUCUUGUGUGUGUGAAUGUGUGUACAUAUGUAUGAGCGCUGUGCCUGUGAAAAAAGGAACUCCCUCUUGAUAAACUGUGUCAUUGUCAGCUGUGCCAAGUGUGUGUGCAUGUGUGUGUGUGUGUGUGUGUGUGUGUGUGUGUGUGUGUGUGUGUGUGUGUGUGUGUGUGUGUGUGUGUGUGUGUGUGUGUGUGUGUGUCAGGGAGCAGGUGGACAUUCUAGAAACUGUGGAUCUCUCUUUAACUCUGUGUGUAUAAACCUGUCCUGUAUGACCUACAGUCGUUCAGACUCAGACUUUCUCCUCCAUCAUCACACUCGGCCAUGUUGCACAUCUUUCUCAUCGUAUAGUCCGUCCUAUCAUUUCACUCAGAUGUUUUUCACUCUCUUUUUAUAAAUAUAUAAAUAUGUAUAGAUCACUAAAGUUAACUCUGUAAGAUAUUGUUUUAACAUGUUUAGAUAUAUCCACUAUGAUUACAGACCUGUGUUCUUUACAAAAUGCUGCUUUAAAAGCAUCCAUUGACAGAUUUUUGUAUCUAGAAAACUAAACGAUGGUAGAUUGUUAUAGCUACGUUUGUAAUAUGCGUUCAAAAAAAAAAAAUACACCUACACUUGUAAUAAAAUUCAAUAUUAGUAUUUUUGUAUUGUCUCGUUUUUUUUGUACAAAAGACAUUAGUUGCAAUGCUGUUUUUUUUUUUGCUAAAUGUGCUUAGCUCUAAUACAUGUGCUUUUAAAUAAAAAGCUCAUUAUGAACACAA